UGUGAAUUUGGCAUUUGAUUAAUUUUUCCAUUUAUGUCAUUUAGUCACUCGUUUUUUUCUCAUCUAUUUGCUGGUCGACAAUUUUUAUGGUAAAAUGGCUGCUCUAUUGGCUCGUACGGGUAUAUUAAACGAAUUAGUGAAUCCAAAGGUUGGACAAAAGAUUCUUGCCCUGGCAACCAGCGGAAGCUUACAGAAAAGGAAUCUUAAUGUUCAGGAGCAUGUAUCAUACACUUUAUUAAAUGAAGCUGGCAUUCCCACUCCAAAAUUUGGCGUUGCGAAAUCCGGUCAAGAAGCCAAAGAGAUUGCAACAAAACUCGACACGAAUAAUCUUGUAUUGAAAGCGCAAGUUUUAGCCGGUGGUCGUGGUAAAGGACAUUUUAAGAAUGGCUUGAAGGGUGGCGUUCGUGUAAUAAAUAAUCCCACUGAGGCUCAAGAAAUUGCCGGUAAAAUGGUUAACCAACUUUUAGUUACCAAACAAACUGGCGCUGCUGGCCGUAUUUGCAAUUCCGUUAUGGUUGCAGAGCGCAAAUUCCCACGUCGUGAAUUCUACUUUGCCGUAAUGAUGGAGCGAGCAUUUAAUGGUCCUGUUAUAAUUGCUUCAUCACAAGGUGGUGUUAACAUUGAAGAAGUAGCUGCCGAGAAUCCCGAUGCUAUUGUUUAUGAGCCAAUUGAUAUUAAGUUGGGAUUAACACCAGAUCAAGCAGCUAAAGUUGUUAAAUCGGUUGGCUUGGGAGAAUUUGAAGAGGAAACCGUGAAAAUGCUGAUGAAUAUGUAUCAGUUGUUUGUUAAGAAGGAUGCUUUACUUAUCGAAAUCAAUCCUUAUGCCGAGGAUGCCCUCGAAGGAUGUUCCUUUUUCGCAUUGGAUGCCAAAUUCCGUUUUGAUGACAAUGCUGAAUUCCGCCAGAAGGAGUUGUUUGCCUUGCGUGAUUGGACCCAAGAAGAUCCCAAGGAGGUGGAAGCUGCCAAAUAUGAUUUGAACUAUAUUGCUUUAGACGGCACCAUUGGUUGCAUGGUAAACGGCGCAGGUUUAGCCAUGGCCACUAUGGAUAUAAUUAAGUUGUACGGUGGUGAUCCAGCUAAUUUCCUUGAUGUUGGUGGUGGUGCCACUGCUCAGGCUGUAAAGGAAGCCUUCAAAAUUAUUACUGCCGACCCGAAAGUUCACUGUAUUUUGGUCAACAUUUUCGGUGGUAUUAUGCGUUGUGAUGUUAUAGCCGAGGGUAUUAUUGCCGCUGCCAAGGAUUUGAAUAUGAAAAUGCCUAUUGUAGUUAGAUUACAAGGCACAAAAGUUAAUGAAGCACGUGAACUGAUUCGCCAAUCUGGUUUGAGGAUUAUUCCACGUCACGAUUUGGACGAGGCAGCCAAUUUGUCCGUGCAUUUGGCUCAAAUCGUACAUCUGGCGAGAGAAAUGAACAUGGAUGUCAGCUUUGAGAUUCCUGACAGCGUGAAGUAGAUAAUUAAUAUAUUUGAAUAAACGAUUACAGCCCAUCUUUGGCUACACAAUCUCACACCACCAACACAAAAUCAAGUAGAUAAUUAUGUACAGUACAUAAGACACAUGAGAGAUUAUCAACAUUAUUAAUUAUAAUAAUAUGGGUUGCAAAAGUUAUUUAUAAGCGAAACCUUGAGCUUAAGCAAAAAUACGAACAUCUUAAGCUAAGCUAUCCGCAAUAUCGUGUUGCCAUUAAAUAUAUAUCGAACCUCAUCGCGAGUCUUACAAACUAGGCAAUCACGAAAUUAUUUUCUCUCUACUUUCUUUUUUGUUUUACUAUUUAUUUUACUUAGAAAUCUUUAAUAUCAUUUAUUGUUAUUUUUACAUAAACAUAAUUAAACACCAUUGUUAUAUUAAUUUAAUUUGCAACAAUUUGGAAACACCUGUUUUAAACAGAAUACUCGAUAUAUUUCUUUAAUAACCAAAAUUAUGGAUUGUUAUUUAUUCUAAAUCUAAAUUCCAAUUAUUAAUCAGAAAAAGCACUGAUCCGAAAGAUGACGGCAAAGGAGGUGGCAGCGGCAGCAGCGGUGACAAAAUCAUUUGCAAACCCAAGAAAAAAUUUACUUGUGACAAGAAAGAAAAAUGAAUUGUUAUACUCUCAUUUUUUAUAUUCAGCAAAUUGUAUGUAUUCGUUUUAAAAUUAUACAAAAACUAUUUGAGUAAACAAGUUGUUGCCUUCAGAAAAUCGAAA